AUGUCGUCCUAUGUUGCCGUCAAUGAGCCAUUGCUAGACUUUGCCAAGGGAAGCAAGGAGGCUGCAGAGCUAGAACAAGUUCUGAAGGAGUAUGAAGGAAAGACAGUCGAUGUGCCUAUUGUUAUUGGAGACGAGGAGAUACGAACCCCAAAUGUCCGAAAACAAGUGGCGCCAUUUGAUCAUCAAAGAGUUGUUGCGACUUUUUAUUACGCAACACCGGAGAUCAUCAAGAAGGCCAUCGCAACAAGUUUAAAAGCUCGCACAGAAUGGGAAAAGCGCCCCCUGAAAGAACGUUGCGACAUCUUCCUGCGUGCCGCCGACUUGAUUUCAAAGAAAUAUCGAAUGAGUGUGAUUGCUACAACCAUGCUUGGACAGGCAAAGAAUGUGUACCAGGCAGAAGUUGAUGCUGCUGCAGAGUUGAUAGAUUUCCUGAGAUUUGAUGCUAUGUUUGCCCAGAAUACAACGUCUUACCAGCCAUUAAGUCCCACACCAAGUGUUACAGUCAACAGUCUUAGCUAUAGAGGUCUUGAGGGCUUUUGGGCAGCCAUUUGUCCGUUCAACUUUACCGCCAUUGGUGGACAUUUGCCAGUGGCACCAGCAAUGAUGGGAAAUGUUUCACUGUGGAAGCCAUCAGACACCUCAGUACUGUCAAAUUAUACAGUGUUCAAGAUUUACAGAGAAGCUGGCCUUCCAGCUGGGGUCAUCAACUUUGUGCCCGCAGAUGGACCUGUGUUUGGGGAUGCUUGCUUGACCUCUCCUGACUUUGCAGGGUUGAACUUUACAGGAAGUGUUGUAACAUUUAAGAAACUUUGGAAACAGAUUGCUGAAAACCUGGACACUUACAGAAAUUACCCAAGGAUCAUUGGAGAAUGUGGAGGAAAAAACAUGCACUUUGUUCAUCCGUCUGCUCAUGUGGAGUCUGUAGUGAAUGGGACCAUUCGUUCUGCUUUUGAGUACAAUGGGCAGAAGUGCUCAGCGUGUUCCAGGAUGUAUGUUCCACAGUCGUUAUGGCCGAGGAUUAAGUCAGGGCUGCUUGGUGUUUUAAAGGAAGUGAAAAUGGGCUCUCCAUUGGAUAGAGAAUCUUUUGUUACGGCAGUUAUUGAUGAAAAGGCAUUUUUAAGAAUCAAAAGUUACAUAGACCAUGCCAGGUCAAGUCCGGAGUUGACAAUUAUCGCUGGUGGGAAAUGUGAUGACAGCAAGGGUUAUUUUAUUCAACCAACUGUGAUAGAGACGACCAACCCCAGAGACAUGUUAAUGCAGGAGGAAAUUUUUGGUCCAGUCCUUACGGUUUAUGCAUAUCCUGAUGCAAAACUAGAUGAUGCCAUUGAGCUGGCACAGACGACGUCUCCUUAUGCUCUCACAGGUGCCAUCUUUGUGGAAGACAAGGCUGCCAGAGAAAAACUGAUUGAUGCAUUCCGAUAUUGUGCUGGGAACUUCUACAUCAAUGACAAAAGUACAGGAUCUGUGGUGGGGCAACAGCCUUUUGGAGGUGCUCGCUUGUCAGGAACUAAUGACAAGGCUGGUGGCCCUCAUUACAUGGCCAGGUUUACAAGCCCACAGGCAACUAAAGAAACAUUUUCUCCAUUGACUAGCUGGCGUUAUCCCUCCAUGGAGAAAUAA